AAAAUGUCAGGUUUAAGUCCAGGUCUUAUAUCUCCAGAUAGACCUGUUCGGGUUAGAGAUCAAAGUAGAACGGGACUACCAAUGCUCCGGAGUAGGGACCAGAGUAGAACGGGACUGCUCCGGAGUAGGGGUCAAAGUGAGGAUCAGAGUAGGACGGGAUUACCAGUUUUCCGUGGACGAGAUGUUGUAAAAUCAAAGAUCCAGAACUUUGGACCUUCUCCUCCUUCUCCUCCUCCUAGCAGAAGAAGAGAGAAAUCACUGACCAAUCAGAGAUGGAGUAAACCUGAACCUGAACCUUCUCCAUCCAAUCCUUCUCCAAGAUGGAACUGUAAAUCUGAACCAGAACUUUACCUAUCCAACCCUUCUCCAAGAUGGAGUAAACCUGAACCAGAACCUUCUCCAUCCAACUCUUCUCCAAGAUGUAGUAAACCUGAACCAGAACCUUCCCCAUCCAACCCUUCUCCAAGAUGGAGUAAACCUGAACCAGAACCUUCUCCAUCGAACCCUUCUCCAAGAUGGAGCUGUAAACCUGAACCUGAACCUUUUCUAUCCAACCCUUCUUCAAGAUGGAGUAAACCUGAACCAGAACCUUCUCCAUCCAACCCUUCUCCAAAAUGGAGCUGUAAACCUGAACCUGAACCUUCUCCAUUCAACCCUUCUCCAAGAUGGAGUAAACCUGAACCAGAACCUUCUCCGUCCAACCCUUCUCCAAGAAGGAGUAACCCUGAACCUGAACCAUCUCCAUACAGAGCUAAAAACAGGAGUAGGUCUACCUCAAAUUUGCCAUUUCGUCGUAACAUGAAACCAAUUGGUGUCGAUGAACAAUAUGUCGAAGAGGAGAAGAAUGGGUACAGUCUACCCUGCCACCCAGAGAACUUAAACCCUUCCGACCUUGCCAGGACGGAUUCUACUUCCUCUCUAGCAGUUAAUUAUAACAGUUAUAACACCCAAUCUCAGAGUAGGAGAAUAUCUUGUGAUAAAAGUGACUCAGCUCAAAGUGACAUUAGCUCCGGUUCUAGAUCUACCUCUAAGAGCAGAAUCCCCGUCAAAGUUAGGGGUAAAUCACGGGAGCAAAGGUUAUCCUUUUCCCGUAGCCAAGAGGAUUUAUUAAACCUUAAGAAAUCCUUGAACAAAUCCUCGAAUAUGUAUCUGAAAUCCGCAAAAUCUCCUCAAAGCAGGAAGCAAUCACAAGUUUUGGUGUCAGAUGUACAAAAUCAUAAUAUACAGGAGCAAGCUAAGGAGGAACAGGGGCCUAAUGUACAGAAACAAAGUGUACUUACAUCAAGUGAACAGAAAAAAAAUAAACUCCCAUCAAGCGUACUGCAAUUAAAUGUACAGGAACACAGUGUAUUGCAAUCAAGUGUACAGGAACAAAGUGUACAGGAACACAGUGUACAUCCAUCAAGUGUACUGGAACAAAGUGAACUUCCAUCAAGUGUACAGGAACAAAGUGAACUUCCAUCAAGUGUACAGGAACAAAGUGAACUUCCAUCAAGUGUACAGGAACAAAGUGUACUUCCAUCAAGUGCACAGGAACAAAGUGAACUUCCAUCAAGUGUACAGGAACAAAGUGUACUUUCAUCAAGUGCACAGGAACAAAGUGAACUUCCAUCAAGUGUACUGGAACAAAGUGAACUUCCAUCAAGUGUACAGGAACAAAGUGAACUUCCAUCAAGUGUACAGAAACAAAGUGAACUUCCAUCAAGUGUACAAGAACAAAUUGUACAUCCAUUAUGUGAACAGGAACAAAUUAAACUUCCAUCAAGUGUACAGGAACAAAGUAUACUUCAACCAUGUGUACAGGAACAAGUUCAGAACCAGAAUGUACAGCAACUAAAUGUACAACCACUAAGAGGACAGCAAUCUGUCCAAUCUGUCCAAUCUGUACAAUCUGUAAACGAAAAUGAAAAAUUGACAAUACUAGAUGAUUUCAACUAUUCUGCUUAUACUAAUGUAAAAAUAAGAUAUGAGAAGUACUCAAGCAUUUAUGAAAAUGUUCAGGGACAAAUCGAAGAUAAAUGUUUUGUAGAACAGGGAUGUAAUACAGAUGAUACAAAGAAAAUUGAUGAACUAAUGAACGAGAAAAUUACAGAAAAUAAGUUUCAUAAAGAAAAUACAGACGAUAGCGAAUUUUUCUACGAGAAAGUUAGUGAGAAUAAAUCCGGGAAAAUGUGGGAAACUGAAUCGGAGAAAAUACGGGGAAAUGAAUCUGAGAAAAUGCGGGAAACUGAAUCGGAGAAAAUACGGGGAAAUGAAUCCGAGAAAAUGUGGGAAAUUGAAUCGGAGAAAAUACAGGAAAAUGAAUCUGAGAAAAUCCGGGAAACUGAAUCGGAGAAGAUGACUGACAUCGAGGCGGAAAACGCCGGUCCUUCAACGCAGAAUGAAAAAGUAAACAAAGCCGGAGAAUGUUGGACUCCUGCCAAAUGUUUUCAAUUAAAUAUCAGAGAUACCGAGGGGCCAGGAGUAGGGGGGACACCAAACAAUCUUAGAUUAAAAAUACAGGAGAAAGAUACGUCAGUUUUAAACCUACCCCUGAGUAAGGAUGAAUGGGGAUUAGAACCUAUUUAUGAAGGAUUGGACAUCAAUCAUACUGCAAGAGAAUGUGAUAUCCCGGAGCCUCCUUCAAGGAGUCGGAGUAGGAGACUCGGGCUCAGUCCUUACUUUGCCAGGAGAGAAGGAGGUCUAGGGGCUAAACAAAAGGAGAAAAGGUAAACUCUGAAAAAGGGGA